AUUCGAUUCCGCGCGCCGGGAUUCAGUCUUGGCGGGAUGUUUCUUGCAUGGUGCGAUGGGAUUGGAAUGGGAGUAGGGAUUUGUCUGUGGGUAGAUAGGUCCUGGUUGAGUUAUAGUAUGUCGGGAUUGGCAUUUACCUGGAAGGGGUUUCAGACGGGAUUCGUGAGGGACCUACGCCCUCUAUUUUCAUAUUACUAUUACUAGUAUGGUACAUUCCAGCUUUGAAACCAUAUUCAUUCUCACUACCUACUUGAUACAUAUACCUCACCAUCAAAUAAUGAACAUGAUCAUGAACAUGACCCCCCACUCCUCAUCAACAUCCCCACCCACCAUGCCACUCAUGAACAACACACCGAGUACCACUCCACCUACCCCAUCCAGACCCUCAUACAUAGCGCUCCCCCGAACGCGAGAGACCUGCGACGCCUGCGCCAAAGCCAAAAUUCGAUGCAGCAAGCAACGUCCGAGUUGUGAGCGGUGUGUGGCGAGGGGGCUGUUGUGUCGGUAUGGGUUGCUGCGGCCGAGGGGGAGGCCGCGGGGGAGGUUGGUGGGUGUGGAGGUGGAGGGGUCGGGUGGGGAGAGUUCUCCGGGGUCUCCUGGGGAGGGUUGUCUUGGUGUUUCUGGGGUUGAUGGGGUUGGGGAUAUACCAGCACCAGCACCAGCUAGUCAGCCUGAGACAGCAGAGGGAGAGACAGUGCAGAACUGGCAAACUCUGAACCAGAAUCUCGAUCAAUUCUUCGAUGUUGCCCCUCCGCCGAGCGGUGUUACCCAGCAGCCAGAGUACGAAAUCGUGGCGAUACCAUCCUCGACAUCACCUUCCUUAUCGUCGGGGGUAUCUCCAGCCUCGGGUGCAAUCAUACACGACCAAUCGUGCAUGAGUAUGCUGUUAAGUAUAUUGCAAUCGCUGCAUCCGCCAUCCGAGACAUGUCUGCAUCGACAGAGCACAGUCCUACCACGGACUGUGGACUCUAUCGUCCCGCUGAAUCAAAACGCAAUGAAUACCAUUACUUUGGUACUGGGAUGUCCCUGUGCGCUGUCAUCCAGCUUUGGUCUGGUCAUCGCCCAGGUGCUGCUGCAGAUCCUGGAUGGGUAUCGGGGUGUUUUGGAUGAUCCGGAUCCGACGGUGGGGAUGGGGAGGAUGCAGGGGACUGAGGGGGAUGAGAUUGAUCGGCGACGGAGAGUGGUGCAGGUGGUGAAUGAGUUGGACCAGGUGCGGGCAUUGAUCGAGGUGUUUGCGAGGGGGUAUUGUCGGGAGGGAGCGGUGGGGGGUGGAAACCAGCAGGUGUGUUUGAUUUUGGAGGGGGAGUUGAGGCGGAGGUUGGGUGGGGUGAUGACCGCGGCGGUGUUGAGGGUGGCGGGGUAGUUGCAUGUGUAAUUGGUUGGUUUAGCGUUAUGCUGUAUGGGUUUUGGACUAAUGUAAGGAAUUGUGGAACAUUCAGUUUGGGAGUUCGUAUGAUAUCGAAGUGUGACUCGGCGGUCCACUUGAGACGAAUGCCCGAGAGACUCAUCAUUCAGGUGCUGUCGUUGAGGACUGUAGGGCAGAUACAUCAACCGCUCGCACGAUCUGCA